AUGGAAGAUUCAUUUAUUCAAUUGAAUUAUUUACCUGAUGAAAUUCUUAUGAUUAUUUUUAAAAAAUUGAAUAAUUUUGAUGUACUCUAUUCUUUAAUGGGUAUUAAUAAACGACUUGAUAAUAUUUUACAAGAUUCAAUUUUUACAAGAUAUUUAACAUUGACAAAACCACCUAUUGGUUCAAAACAAUUUACUGAUGCAAUAAUUGAUCGAAUUUGUGUUGAAAUUUUACCUAAAAUUCAUGGUAAAAUUGAAUGGCUCAAUAUUGAAUCAUCAUUUAUUAAUCGUAUUCUUUCAACAAAUUAUCCUAAUUUACAUACACUGGUUUUACACAAUCUUUCAUUAGAAAGAGCGAGAGAUCUCUUUACUGAUGGAAGUUAUUUUAUUUGUGUUUUCGAAUAUCAAUUAUCAUCACUUGUUAUUCAUACUGAUCAAAGUCAAAAAGCAACAAGUUCAUUUAAAGAUAUCAAUAUAUUUCUAUAUACACAAAUCUUGACUAUGUUCAAGAAUUUACAAUAUUUAAAUUUCAGUCCAUUUGCUUAUCCUAAGAGUCAUCAAUUAACAUUUAAUUUAUCAUUUCCAAAUGUUUUCUCAUCAACUCUAUUACAUCUACAUGUCACCGUAGAUACUUUCGACGAUUGUCUCUAUUUACUUGAUGGUCGUUUCAAUCAACUUAAUACAUUCGAUGUUACCAUAUAUUUUUAA